GGUGUGGGAUGACGUCAAAUUCAAGAUGGAUGGAAUCACGGCGGUGGCGGCAGCGCGCGCGGGUGAAUCGUAAAAGGAGGCGGCCGGAGAGUGGGGGGGAGGAAGGGGGGAGCCUGUCCAGCGGCGGAGAAGGUGAGUAGCGGGCCCCAGUUCCUGCCUGCUCAAGGCGGGUCUCCCCCCACCCUGCACAAAGGCGUGGGUUUCCCCAUGCACAAAGGCGUCUUUUCCUGACGUAACUCUGAGGUAUGUUUUUCCCCCCUCCACCGUGUAAGGGCUGCGGUCCCUGAGCUCGCAUUUGCGCCUGCGCAGGUUACAAAACGGGUUCCCACCCCUUUGCGGCGCAUGCGUUGAUCCCAGCAGCCUCGCUCAUGGUACGGAAUACGCAUGCCCUUGUAUUCCUCUGGGUGUCUAAUACGCAUGUCAGUUGCCAGCUCUCGGUGCAUGGUUACUUCUUUUCACUGCGCCUGUGCGUUGCCCAUACGGACACAGUUGACCGCACACCCGCUAUGCUCGGGGUAGUCCCUGUGGGUGGGGUGAAAGAGGGCUCUGUGAGCGUGCGCAGGAAAAUGGGUGUGGUGGGCUGUUGAGCCUUAUGAUGUCAUUCUGGGUAAGGAGUAGGGGGGAAUUGCUCUCUGCAGAAGGAAAAGGGUGCUAAUGUGCCCUCUCAUAAGUGCUUUACACUUCUUGAGAUGCUAGCAUUUGGAGAUGGAGGUUCAAGCACAAAUAGAAUGUGCACCCUGUGACAUACUUUCUCCCAAACCAACAUACACGUGGGUUGGUUCUAGCUAUGCAGGAGGAUUCUGGGGAGCGCUUUGGUCAUAAUAGCCAGAUGUGAUUUUGCUUUUGUUUUAUCACUUGCUGACCCCUCUUAAUGAAAAUAGUUAUGGGCUUGAACUUACACUGGUACCUAAGAAACUAUGAAUUUAGGUUUGUCCUUGUUGGUCUAGGUUACUGCUGCUUUGUUAACUCCCCGAUUUUUGUAUUUUACAGUACAAUCUUAUGCAUGUCAACUCUAAAGUAUGCCCCAUAGACUUCAAAUGGGCUUACUCCCAGGUAAGUUAGUAUGGAAUUGAAGCCUUACUGUAAUAUGGUGAUGAUUUUUUAUUGUUAUUUUUUAAAUCAGAAAUGUGCUUUAUUGUCAUGUGAUUGAUUCAGAUAAAAUAGCAUUAUCUCAUCAUUGCUUUAUAGUCAAAAAGUAAAAGGAGAGAGAAAUGAGAAAUCAUAGCACAAAGGCAUAUAUGUACAGAUAAAUAAUCUAUUAAGAUUAUUGAUAAGUUAUUAAUGGAUAGCUGACAGAGAGUGGAAGAAUAUGUGGAGAUAAAUUCUUUAAAAAUGGUGAGUAGAAUCGAAAAAGAGAUAAAAUAAACCAGAACAUCUAAAAUGGAGAGUCUCCAAAUGAAAGAGUUGUUUAAUGAUCAAAUCACUGUGAUUGAGUUAUAAGGGUAAAUAUUAUCUUCAGUUUUCUCAUUCCAUUGACAUGAAAAAGUCCAGUGCUCUGUGGACUUAUUCUCAUGUUGAUCUAUGUCUUCUCUUCUUAGAUGUGCAUUUUAAUGCAUGUUAUUACUUGUCAUUUAUUUUCCAACCAGACUUUUAACUGAACACAUGCUUUGAUCUUCUCGUUUUUUGCAAUGUAAAUUCUGGCAAGAGCUAGGAGAGUUACAGUUGCUUCAAAAUCAAUUAGUCUCACUUCAGAUUUCAGGUACCAAAGAGGAGAAGAUUUUAUGGUGUAUAUAUAUCUUGGGGCAGGGGGAGGGGACUUUUGUCGUUUAAAGUUAGGCUAUAAAUGUGAUAAAGAAAUACAGUGUGGUGCUAUCAAAUACCAUUGCCUGCUGAAAUCAACUCAACCAUACUGAUGCCAAAUCCAGCCACACAGACCAACAAGAACUAACUUGAGAUCCAGCUAGGUCAGCUAUAGAAUCUGCUACUUCAAUCCCAGAACUGUUUUCAUCACAAGGUGCCAGCCCUGGGAUACACAAAAAUAAAGUGCAUCUGGCCAUGUCCUAUGUGCUGCCUAGCCAUCUUUUGAAUAACUACAACCAGCCCAUACAAAUAAAGCAUUCUGUUUAGAUUUAAUUUCAGUAGGCCCAAGCAGAUGCGCCAGAAUGUCUUCAUGUGGAACAUGAGUUUUGUGAUACAUCUAGCAAAUGUAUGUCCCAAUAUGAUACAAUGGUAUCUAGUCAUCUAAGUGAAAACUGAUUGUGUAUACAAAUAAAACAACCCCAUAACACACAAAGUAACACAAAAGAGUCUGAGGAAUACAGGGUUUCUGCUCAUUGCAGAAACAGAUAAGAAAAUAACAAAGCCAUCAAUUUCAGCCAAUAUCCUGCCUAAAAUGGUAUGAACAAGAUGAUGAAAUUCAAGUAAAUGAGAUGGGCAGGUUUUCCUGGAUAAAGUUGCUUUAUAUGUAGGUGCCACAACUGAAAAGGCCCUGCUCCUUAUGCUCAGCCAUCACACUUCAAGGCAAUGAGGGCAUUCACUGAAGUUUUUAUGACAAUGGGCCAAGUACAGGGGAAGAAGCAUGUGUUAAUAAAAAUGGACCACUUCUGCUCUGCCCCCUUCCCACUUCAGUCACACAAGGCCACAAAGUUAAAACAAUCCAAAAUCCUAGUGAAACAAAAGUGCUGGUGAAGUACAGUUGUUCCUUUCCCAGCAUGCUUUGCCAUUUCACUGGGAAGGCAGUCAUGGAGAAGAAGCCCUUGGUGUGAAUUUCUUGGCCACACCACAGGAAAGAGAAUCCCCUACUCAGAGUGACCAUCCUGUGCUCCCAAUGUGAGGCAGAAGGCAUCCUUGGGCAUCAGAGUCAGACAUCACCUAAUGUGGCUAUAAUACACCUCCAAGUGAGGGACACCAAGUGUUUCCCUCUGAGGUCCUGCCUGUGUCAAAGACAGGGUUGUGAAUAGCCAAAAUGAAGAUUGAUGACAAGACAAAUCCCCUCCCCCCAAACUUUGCCUCUCUUGUGCUUGAGUAAUGCAGGCUGCUUUCUCCAUGCUCUUCUCUAAUACUUGGAGUGAACUAAGCUGGGGAAAGCAGUUGAGAGAUGUGAAGUGCGGCUGGGGUGGGUUUUUCCUCGCAAAGUGUUCAGUUGUAUGCGUUGGGCUUAAUUACAUGUGCUUUAGGCUUAGUAGGAGAUGAGAACUAAAGUGGUACUCCAAAAAUAUUGAUGGAAGAGGGUUUUAAGGAACCUUUGAAGGAAGGGAGAAGUUACAUCAUGAAGGUGUUCUGUAUGAGCAUUCUUGACAUAAGGAGUGGAAGGGGGAAAGAGCACAGUUGUUUAAGUGAGCAGGAAACCUUUAAAUAGCUGGCAGGGUGGAAUGAAGGCCACGGGUAGUGAUAUAUCAAGAUACAGUAGUGGAGAUAGCAAAGGUGAGGGUGAGGUGUUUUUACGCAAAUGGACAAGAAACCAGUGCAGGUGUUUAUGCGGGAUGUCGCAUACUGUAGGCUGAACAGCAACAUUGGUAAACAGGUCUUGCUUCAGUACCCAGCAUGGUCAACUAAAUUCUGGGCCUCACCAGCUCCAGGAGACCCACUUGGGCUGUUGUUGACCACUUUAAAAAUGUUUUUUUUAAAACAAAACAAAACAAAACAAAUGGAUGGCCCUGUGCUGUACAGAAGUGGUGGUAAAAAGAUACAGCCAGUGCUACAGUGAUCAUCUUUUUUCCAGUACCUCUGUACACCUGGGCAAGUUCUUGAUAAGUCUGAGGUAGAACUAUGGGGCACACCUUGCUCAGGGGCCUCCUCUCGCUCCUGACACUGCUAAGCAGGGGGAAAGAAAACAAAGCCAAAAUCUGACUUGUAAUAUAAGAACAUGGGCAGAAUGAGUGGGAGCAAAAGUUUGUUCAUGGCUGGCCACUUGUGGACAUUUGAAGGAAACAAACCACAGGCCCAUGUGUUCGCACAUUGUGACAUGACAGGCUUUGGCUUGGGCUUGUUUCUUCCCCUGUGCAGCGCAGUAAUGGAGGAGGAGCAAAGCACCUGAUAAUGUGAAACUUUCACACACUGAUUAAUUUUUUUUCAAGCAAGCUGUUUUAUCUCCCCCAGAUCAUCUGAGAUGCAGACCUGAAAGUAACUGCAAAUUAAGGAAGAAAUGGAAUCCUGAAUCUUUCUGUUGUUUUUGAGCAUAUUCUAAAUUCAAGAAGAGAGAAGGAAGGUCAUAUGGUAUGUUUUAUUUUUAAAUUACAUUUGUUUUAAGAUUAUACUUUUUGAGAAAUUUCAUUGUGUUUAGAGAGCAUACCUGUUGGUGGGACAGGGGGACACUGCUGGAAUGGGAGUCCUGCUAGACACACCUUGCAAGUUAGAAGUGAAGGGGAAGGAACAGUUUCUGUUCUUCUGUCUUUUCUGGGCAUUCCCUCCUUCCUUCACUCUCCAUUUUGGAACUGUUUCCUUCCCACUGUUUCCACUGGGAGGGAAAUCACUUAGCUGAGCUCCAGGGCUGGCAUAUGUUUUCCCUGGUUUGGGGAGUAGUGUGUCCAAGGGCUGGGGAUGCUAUGGGUCUUUUAGAUCCAUGCCCCAGCAUGGCCCUUUUGUGACUCUUCUCAUGUUGGAAGUCCAUUGUUAAUGAGGCAAGAGCCAUGGAGGUUUUCAUGUCAAGCGGGUGCUACCCAAGGUUGGACCUUCCCUUCUGGGGUCAAAUCUCUCUCUCCACCCUUGGAGUGGGAGGUCUGAAACACUCUAUGGCCCCUGAGAUGCUUUCCCAAAGGACAUAGCAUUGGAGGAUAAUAGUAAAAUUAGCUGAAGAAAAGCUAGCCUAUUUUGGAUGCAAGGCUAAACUAUAGCUAAGCAGAGGGAACCUGCAGUUUGUGUUGCUAGGCUACAUCUCUAAUCAUUUACAGCCAUUGGCCACAGGUUUCCACUGCUGAAUUAUAUAAAUAAGAACUGUUCCUAAAGUUUUCUUCACUUCUUUUUUGCUGCAUAACUCAUGAUACAUAUAGGUGUUCAACCCUCCUUCUCUUGACACAGCCUUGUACACUUGAGUCAACCUCGCUCUAACACACAAUCCUAUACAUGUUUAUCUGAAGGAAAGUUCCCUCUGAAUUCAGUGAGACUUAACUUAUCAGUCCCCUAUCUUACGGAACAGUAACCUUUCUCUCUCUCUUUUUUAAGAAGAAUCCUCUUGGGUUUUCUUGCUUGGGCUGCAACAAAAUUAUGUUUGCAUAAUUCAUUUUCAUUGGCCUGGCAUAUAUAUAUAUAUAUAUAUAUAUAUAUAUAUAUAUAUAUAUAUAAAAUUUACAGCUUUUUUAGAAGAGUUGUUCAUGUAAUCCUUAUGACAGUUGUUUCAUGAGGCUGUCGGUAAAAUAAAAAAAGGAUGGAACAAUACUUGCCUUAAGCUAUACAUGUAAGAUACAAAAGGCUCAGUUUCCCAAACAUUGGGCUUGAGCCAGACUAGGUUAGUUGCGCUUGAUUACCAUUGAAAGCAAUGGGAUUUAAGUCACAUUGAUUACAAUUUGAACAGACUAAUUUAGUAUCGAUCCAAGCCAGCCUGCACAUGUGUACAGUGGGAUUGAAACUAUACAGCACAAUCCAUGUUUACUUAGUAAUAAGUCCUGCCGUGUUGACUAGAUCUUUCUCCUUAGUAAAUAUAUUUCGAACUGUGCCCUGAAUAUUUGUUUAGAAAUUCAUGGGGGUUCCCCCCCCAGAAUCUGACUUUUAAGUAUUUGCAUGCAGUUUGCUUUCAUAUAUUGGGUUAUUUUUUGUUACAGAACAGGAGAAAAUACCUAAACACAUUUUUUGAACUCUGCUAGCUACUGUAUGUAGUAAUCACUACAUUGGGGUGCCUUUUUUAAAGAUAAGUUAGCUUCCAUAUGCCUAGAAUCAUAUCUGGUUGUUGUUGUUUGCAUUUAUGAAUUGCCACUGAUAAGGCAUCUUGGAGUGAUUUGCAGUACAAUAAAACAUAUAUAAAACAGUUUAAGCAAUUGCAUAUAUAAAAACAACUAUAUAAAAAACAGUUUAAAAUGGCAGCAAAUAUAUGAAACCAAUUACUGUGCACUAGGCUAGGCCUGUUGUUGUGGCUUACUGUGGGAGGAAUUCAACUUGCGCUCUUCUGUUCAUUCUGUGUGUGCAAGCGUUCAUUGCUGCAAGACGGAAAAUCCCACUCCCCUCCUUCCUCCUACCUGGCUUUCCAGCGUAGAUUUGGGAAGAGAAAUGUCCACACAGCACUAAAGGGAGCCGUUGUGAUGGCUUUUGUUAACACACCAGGUUAGUUGAAUCAGGGCCGAUGUAUCUGGGCACCACAGUUCAAGAAGGACACUGAUAAACUGGAACGUGUCCAGAGGAGGGCAACCAAAAUGGUCAAAGGCCUGGAAACAAUGCCUUAUGAGGAACGGCUAAGGGAGCUGGGCAUGUUUAGCCUGGAGAAGAGGAGGUUAAGGGGUGAUAUGAUAGCCAUGUUCAAAUAUAUAAAAGGAUGUCACAUAGAGGAGGGAGAAAGGUUGUUUUCUGCUGCUCCAGAGAAGCGGACAUGGAGCAAUGGAUCCAAACUACAAGAAAGAAGAUUCCACCUAAACAUUAGGAAGAACUUCCUGACUGUAAGAGCUGUUCAACAGUGGAAUUUGCUGCCAAGGAGUGUGGUGGAGUCUCCUUCUUUGGAGGUCUUUAAGCAGAGGCUUGACAACCAUAUGUCAGGAGUGCUCUGAUGGUGUUUCCUGCUUGGCAGGGGGUUGGACUCGAUGGCGCUUGUGGUCUCUUCCAACUCUAUGAUUCUAUGAUUCUAUUCAAUGUAUUGCUGUUUUAACUCCCAUGGUGUAUUAGGCAUAUCAUCUUCCCUCUGUCUCCAAAGGAAAACAGACUACUAUUUAUAUAUUGACUUUUCAGCCUGUUACUGGAGAAGAAUCCUGUACUUUUACAGCUUUCUUUCUUUCUUUUUUCCUUUCUUUCCUUUUUUGUUUCUUGUAAAUGUACCUAAACUCUAUUGGUUUUAUUUUUUCUUGUCUUGCAGGUAUACCUAAAUCAUGGAGGGACUCUUGCAUUAUAUAAAUCCAGCACAUGCUAUUUCUCUCCUAAGUGCUUUAAAUGAGGAACGACUAAAAGGGCAACUUUGUGAUGUUGUUCUUAUAGUGGGAGACCAAAAAUUUCGAGCUCAUAAAAAUGUUCUGGCUGCCAGCAGUGAAUAUUUUCAGUCUCUGUUCACUAAAAAAGAAAAUGAGUCUCAGUCAGUGUUUCAGCUUGACUUUUGCGAACCAGAUACUUUUGACAAUGUAUUAAACUACAUUUACUCAUCAUCCUUGUUUGUUGAGAAAAGCAGCCUUGCUGGUGUGCAAGAAGUGGGCUACAGUCUUGGGAUUUCCUUUCUUACUAACAUUGUUUCCAAAAGUCCUCAAAUUCCAUUGCCUGCAUGUCCUAUUAAGAAAAUAUUUUUCCAAGAGGAUGAUGAAAGCAGUUCCCAGAAGAGAAGUGUCAUAGUUUGUCAGAGCAAAAAUGAAGCACAGGGAAGAAAUGUUGGUCAAACCUCACAUGAUGUAAGCCAUAAUUCUAAGUCCUCGUCCUCAGUUGCUGUCAAACCUAAGCGGCCACAAUCUACACAGCCAACUGAGUUUCUACAUAGCUUAUCGCAAAAUGAAAGGAGAUGGCUGAAAGACAGUUCUUUAAGAUACUCCAAGUCCCACGAACAUUCUUCGGCUACAGCAGAUGAUCAAAGCAGAACUAAAAGGAAUGCAGUAUUGUCACAGAAAACAUCUGUAGAGGAAGAAGUGGGAGCAGAUGAAGCAGGAGGAAGUGAUCAGUUCCUAAGAGGAAAGGCAGCAGAAGUACCUUUGAAGAGACCUUGUCCACCAGUCUUAUCAUUACGUAGCUCAUCUGAAUCCACAUUUUUGUUGAGAGAGACAGGAAAAGGAGCUGGCCCAGGGGAAGACAGGAAUUUGCUAUACUAUUCAAAGUUAGGAUUAGUGAUCCCAUCUAAGGUAUCUGGUCCUGCGAACCAAAGUAUUGACAGGAGUGGGCCGCUUGUAAAAAGUCUUCUUCGAAGGUCAUUGUCCAUGGAUAGUCAAGUUCCUGUUUAUUCGCCUUCUGUCGACUUCAAGUUUUCUCAAGGACCUUCACUGGUGAACAACGCACAAGGGAGAAUGUUAAAUGUAAUGUCACAAAAGCCAUCUGUGAAAGAGUCUUCAGGAGAGGCAGUUCCUGAUGACAAGACACAUGUAAUGUACCCCCAUCGCCUUAGGUCUUUUAGUGCCUCCCAGUCUGGAGACAGGGAGGUCUCUUCACCUCUUAGAGAAAUACGGAUUAAAACAGAACCUAGCAGUCCACUUUCAGAGCCUUCUGAAAUAAUAAGAAUUACUGUUGGGGAUGCUUCAUCAUCUUCCAAUAAGAUUAAUGCUUUUAAAACAGAAGAUGAUCAUAAAGAUCUCAGUAGACUCCCAGCUAAAAGGAGGUUUCAAGCAGACAGAAGGCUACCACUCAAGAAAAUCAAAGUGGAUGAACAUGCUUCCCCUGGGUCUGAGGACAAUUUUGAGGAAAACUCAAAUCCUACACCCCAUGAUGCUGAUUUCCCUGAUUCUGACAUUAGCAAAGAUGAAUAUAGUGAGCUGGAAGAAACAAAACCUAACAAAAAGUUUAAGUGCAAACAUUGCCUUAAGAUAUUCAGGUCAACGGCAGGCCUUCAUCGUCAUGUCAAUAUGUACCACAACCCUGAAAAACCCUAUUCUUGUGAUAUUUGUGAUAAGAGAUUUCAUACAAACUUCAAAGUUUGGACGCAUUGCCAGACCCAGCAUGGAAUUGUGAAGAACCCUUCACCCGCUUCCAGUUCCCACGCUAUCUUGGAUGAAAAGUUCCAAAGGAAAUUAAUUGAUAUAGUGAGGGAGCGAGAGAUUAAAAAGGCCCUGAUCGUCAAGCUAAGGCGUGGCAAGCAAGGUUUUCAGGGACAGGCUGGUUCACAAGCACAGCAAGUCAUCAAAAGAAACCUGAGGUCGAGAACCAGAGGAGCCUACAUAUGUACCUACUGUGGGAAGGCAUAUCGCUUCCUCUCACAGUUCAAGCAGCAUAUAAAAAUGCAUCCAGGGGAAAAAGCAGUUGGAGGAAAUAAGCCACUUAAGCCCAAAGAGGAACCUCGCGUCGAAAGCCCAGUAGAAAACAAAAAAGUUUACCAGUGCCGCCUUUGUCAUGCUAACCUUCCCUCUCUUAUUGAACAGGGGAAUCAUGAGCGGCUCUGCCGGAAUGCAACUGUCUGCCCAUACUGCAGCCUCCGUUUUUCUUCUCUAAACCUGAAGCAUGACCACGAAAUGGCAUGCGAAUACAAGAAGCUCACCUGCCUAGAAUGUAUGCGCACUUUCAAAUCCUCUUUCAGUAUUUGGCGUCACCAGGUUGAGGUUCACAAUCAAAAUACCAUGGCUCCGACAGAGAACCUGUCUCUGCCGGUUGUGGAACACAACGGCGAAGUGAGCGGCACUUCCAGGCUGCAUUCUCAGCUGGAGCCAAACAAGACAAACAGCUUCGUUGCAGCCAAAGAAGACAGCGUGUUCAGCGACUCCUCCGAGCAGAUUAAUUUUGACUCGGAAGAUUCCUCAUGCCUCCCCGAAGAUCUGAGUGUCUCCAAACAGUUUAAAAUCCAAAUCAAAGAAGAGCCUGCAGAUGAUUUAGAAGAGGAGGUCUCUGAAGGCAACCAGGAACACAAGGAAACCGUCUCCAAUAAAGACACUGGCUUGUGGCCUUGUGAGAAAUGUGGGAAAAUCUUUACAGUACACAAGCAGCUAGAGCGCCACCAGGAGCUUUUGUGUUCGGUGAAGCCCUUCAUUUGCCAUGUAUGCAACAAAGCCUUCCGCACCAAUUUCCGCCUGUGGAGUCACUUCCAGUCCCACAUGGCACAAGCUACAGAGGAGCCUGUGCGAAAAGAACCUGAGAUUUACGCACCAGCUAAUUCUCCGUCGCCCCCACCUUUGCCUCCUCCCCCACCCCUUCCCAAAAUACAACCUUUGGAACCCGAUAGCCCUACGGGGUUGUCAGAAACUCCUUCAGUUACUGAGAAAUUAUUUGUCCCUCAGGAAUCGGACACACUCUUUUACCACGCUCCACCACUUUCAGCGAUCACUUUCAAAAGACAGUAUAUGUGCAAACUCUGCCAUAGGACAUUCAAAACUGCAUUUAGUCUUUGGAGUCACGAACAGACACACAAUUAAAAGAAGAAGAAGGCAUAAAGAAUGCCUACAAGGGAUUUUUAAGAUUUAAUUUCCCUGAUGUUUCUGAAGUUACAGCAUUUGAAAUGAAGUUUAUAUAUAUAUAUAUAUAAAGGGACAAGAACCCUCAGCAAUUAAAUUUGACAUUUGUGGUGCAGCUUUGGAUGUGGAGAUUAAGGUAAACUCAAUUUAUUGUUAGUAAAUUGCUCACAUUUUAAGGCAUUGUGGUCUAGGAUCUCCUACUUAAUGAAUAAUUGCAUUCAUUUAAAUCUGGUUACAUGUUCUUCCUAUGAUCCUGGUAUAUAUGGAUUUAUAUAAAAAGGCAACAGCAAGUUAAAAGAGUUUAGAAUAAUGCAAAUCCUGAAAAAUGUCUAUUGUUUUCACAGAGAUUAAUUCUCUCAUGGGCGCCAUAGAAAUAUUACUCAUUCAUUUGAUGUUAAGGGAAGAAAUUGAGAAUUUUGCUGUGUUGACCUUGAUCUUAUUGAACGUUAGCAAUAACAAAUAAAACCUCGUUUGAGUUAACUUGACCCUUAUUGAAAACUGAUUAACAUGGAGUUUUUUGGUUACUGGAAUUUUCUGUAUGGAUAUUGUGCAAGAUACGAUACAAUUAAAUGUUAGCAAUAUGUGAAUAUUUGGAUUUUUAUAUAUAAAGUAGCAGCCAGCCUGCUUCCAGCCAUUUUAAAGCAUUUUUGAAGGAAGAGUAUCAGAAUGAAGAUGCUUUAUUUGGGCCUCAGAGGCCGAUAUUCUAUAGAUAUUUUGGUAACUAGACAAUGUGCUAAGCAACUGCCAACUGAUAUCCUAAUGCAAACUAUAUUACUGUUUUAAAUACAAAACAGCAUUGAGUGGAUGUCAAAAAUUAAGUUGUGCUUUGUUUCUUCUGAUUUGUAUUGGUGUGGAUGUGUUUUAUUACAGUGGAAUGUAUGACUAUGCUAGUUCUGAAAAGGAGAAGCAAAUGCAGUUUUUUUGGUGGUGAGCUCUGCUGAGAAUACAAGAAAGUUUUUUGGGGGGGGAGUUCAGAUGUAAAUAUUUACAUAUGUAUAAGUGAAUAAAAUAAAAACACAGAACCUCUAUUAAAUAUAAAUAGUUUGGAAAGGAAAAUGCAGUACCACAAAUGUAUUUCACAAAUAACGAGCAGAAUGUUUCUCUUACCCUGUAUCAUACUUUGAGUAUCUUUUUGUUUUGUACUUAAAUAAAAAAAAGAUUGUUUAAAGCAUAUGAAGUACAAUCCAAUACUCACUUAGGCAUGCUUAAGGCCUAUGGGUUGUAUUCAAUGCUGUUGUUCCACUUGUACAGCAGACUUCCACUUGUGUAAUAUAAUGUCCCCCAUUCACCUGCAGACCCCUCAAAAUCUGCUCCAGAGGCUUGGGGGACCCUCCAGAGUAGAUUUUGGGGGAGUAACAGGGGGAUAGUAAAGUUUUAUUGUGCAAACGGAAUUCUGUCACACAGCGUUUGAUAUGACUCGUUGAUUUUUGUGGGUCUAAUCAUGCAGUAGAUGGUGACAUGCAGUCAUACUUACUGUGUUAAGAGCAUGUAAAUUCCACUUCAUCCAGUGCAAUUUACACACACACCUAUUUAUAGGACAGCGGUAGCCAUAUACCUUUUCCAAAGAUCCAUGUGUGCUUAGAUAAUAUGCACAAAUUCUUGUACACAUUAGGGUUCUCAUUCAUUGACUUCACCUGUUGAAAUAAAGGGAGAAACCAUUGGGUAGGCAAGUUCUGUGUGCACUUUGGUACUCACGCAGUUGGAAAAGACUACAGGAAUUGGGUCACUGAGUUGUAGCAGGGCCCUUGCUCCCAAAUGACAGAGUAGCACCAUUAAUACAGAUAUCUGCCAGGAAGCUCUUACGGUUUUGUUUCCUACUCAGGAAUCGACAUUUAAAAUUAAUGAAUUGCUAGUUGCAUUUUAAACUUGAUCUAAGGUAUGAAUGCUGUAGUUCAAUUACUUAGCUUUUGGAUUAUGGGAAAAGACAGUAAACUUUGGUGUUCAGCUCCGAGUAAUUAUGAGAUUCAUUAAAAGGAGUGAGAAGUUGGUUCUUGAGUUCGUGUGGAGCGGGAGUAGUAACUGGCACCCCAAUUUUAAAUGAAUUUAUUUUUAAGGAAUUCUGUUGAUAUCAAUAGAAUCAACUUCCAUGGCAGUCCAGAAAGAAGAACAACAUAGCACGUUUCCUAAGACUUACUACAUAUUUGGAAAUUAGUCCCAUUAAGAAGCAAUUUUGAUCUAUUUAAUGCCAUUAAUGUGAAAUAUGGUUGGGUUGUUUUGUUUUUUUUACUUGUUUUCUGAAGAAUAGUGUAUUAGAAGCUGCUUUUGAAGCCCAGCUAUAUAUUAAAAGCAGCUUCUGAUGAAGCAUGGGAAACUGCUCUUCAGAAAUGCAAAUAAAAUAGCUCAUUACCUGUGUGGAUCUUCCAUGGUUCCAUUUUAAGAUCCAACAGGGUGUGAGGCAUACAAAACUUGGAUCUUUCUUUCCUAAACUUUAAGAUUUUGCAUAGCUUUCAAGUAGAAUAAGAACAUCAAGUGAUGAAAGCAUGAUACUUAAUUUCAGAGUGGUGGGUUCUGGCCCCAUGUUGGGUAAAAGGUUCCUGCUCUGCUGGGGGUUGGACGAGAUGAUUAUCUGGGUCCCUUUCAGCUCUGCAAUUCUGUGAUUCUGUGCAGUGUAACAGAAUUCUAAAAGUGGAAGCGAGGCCUAUUACUAGCGAGACCUUUUCUCUUUGUGCUAUAAGCAAAUAUUUGUAUCAAAACUUUGCUUAUUCCAUACUUAAAAGGUAUUUAGGGCAGUUCGCUCAGGGCUUUUCUCACACAUUCCAGCAUUCCUUACCCAUAUCUGUGUGUAGCACAUAAAUACCUUCUGCAGAAAUAGCAGUAGAACCUUUUCCAACUGCUGUGACAAGAGAAAUCUAUGCUAGUUGCAUCUUUUCUCCUUUAGUUUACACGUUGCAUGUCUCCAUAUGUGUAUCUGCCUAAUGAUGGUCAUGACUACUCAUAUGUAGACGGGAACGGAAAGUGCAACUCAACCUACCUACAGUUUGUCCAUUGGUUUUAUACACAAAACACUAUGCGGUCAAUUACAUUCAUCAGAACUUCACUGAUGUUAGUUAUAGAAUUUGCAUUAAUUUCAAUGGAUUGGAGUCAAUAUCAUCCUUUCUAGAUACCAGUAUUUUAUUCUAGCAGGGCUCCUGUGCCUUUAAGCAACUAUGGGGCAGACAUUUCCCCCAGCUUUGACUCCAUACUGGGAAUAGCUUCACCUAUUGAAUUUCUUCUUACAAGCCCUGCCAAAACCAGGUCCCCCCACCUCAGUCCUAGAAAAGGGAAAUAUGCCUUCAUAGCAGUGCUUUGUUAACUGAAUCCUCAAGCAUCUAGAAAAGGGAAGUACCGGUACUAUGCCUGUCUAAUGGUGCUUCACUAACGUAAUCCUCAAGCAGAAACUUCAACAGGAGUUCUGCUAUAUUACUAUUUGGGUUAUAGUAAGGUAAUAAAACCUAAAUAACUAGGAUUUUAAAGACUACAAUAUGCUUUUUAAGAAAUGGGGCUUUUUCUUAAAAAAUAAUACUAAGGAUUUUUGUUAGUUUCUAAUGUUAGGUCUGUUUUUGUUACCUUUUUCACAUCAGUUCUUGUUUAUUAACUGAUUAAAAAACAACCCUGCCUCUCAGAAUACUUUUUUGGGUACGUUUAUAGACAAAGAUUUUCCCUCUAGGUUUUUAAUCCAAUACUUUAAAGAGCUGUAAGAGUGUUUAUUUUGCUGGACAUGGAAUAAAUAUACUUCUGCUUAAAGAUUAAUAUAUGUUUUAAAAGUUAUAAAUUAUGGAAUAUGUUGCUUAUUAUAUACCUUAAAUCUUCAAGGAAUAUAUUUAGUUUGACCAU